AUGCAACAUUCCUUGUUUGAGGUUGUUGUUUCUCGCCGAUGGGACAAGCUUGAACAAUCGGUCAUGAAAAUUUUCUCACAAAGCGGCUCAUCAACAAUAGUAAACACAACAUCCACGAACGGAUCGUUACAUUCUGAUGGCGCCCAAAUGGAUAUGACUUCUGAUGAUGACGGAAAUGAUCCGGAAACAUAUGGGUUAUCAAGCCCACACGGUCAUCGGGAAGUGCUAUCCAAUGAUCUAUCACUCUAUUUACCUUGUCUUACAAGACAAUAUCAUCAAUCUCCGAAUCAUUCAACUGGAAAGAGUAAUCUGUUUAAUAUCUUGCAUUCGCACAGAUUGUUUGAGCAAGCCAAGCUUUGUAAUGAUUAUAGGAUAAAAGUCAAUUGGGAUCAAGUACAGGAGAGUUUUAUACAGUUUCUAAUGUCUUCUCCAUCAGCUAUGCCGCAACAGGCUACAAAUAUUGCAAUUUCUUUCGAAGAAGCUUCUCAUCAAAACAGAACGAGUCUUAUUCUGAGAGAAAUAUUUGGAAGCACUUCAAACACCCAAAAAAGCACUUUGUUUUGCAAUGAUGUUUAUUGCUCUGAAAUUUGCAACCUCAUCUCUUCAGCCCUUUUUCAAAUACCAUUGUUUUUAUUUUCCUCAGGUUUAGAAUCCACAGAUUCACGUAUUGCAGCGAUUGCUCGAGUAAGAAAUCAGCAGUCACCAGCCGGAGGACUGACAUGGUAUUUUAGAGAAUUAAUUCGUUUCUUGUUUCUGGUAGAUCCUUUAGCGCAGAGUGGUAUCUUUGAUCCAUCAUUGCUUGUUACAGAAAGUGCUAGUUCUGGAUCUUCAUAUUCAGAAAAGUAUAUAAUUUCAAUAGUGCUUAACCAUCCUUACAUUUUGGAAGAUUUAAUUGAGUUUUUAAUCCGAGAGUUUGCAACAAACAAUCAAUAUAUGGUGCGAUUGGAAUCUAUUUUGAAGCAACUAAGUUCAAUCUCUAGGUCCUCAGCUGAAAAAGUUAGAUUUUAUUGCAUGAAAUUUAGGAAAUUUUCAGAGUUAUGCCUAUAUAUUACGUUUGAAAAGAUAAGGGAUUAUGUUGGCUUUUUUAAUAGCUGUUUCAAUGGAGUUUUAGAAAGUGGAAAUUUGUUCUCUGAAACAAAAUCAGCUGAACUGGCCAUAUUUGAGAGCGUAAAAAAGAAUCCUAAAAUUCAAGAAAUAUUAAGUCGGCACAUUGUCGCUGAAUUGCAAGGAGAAGAAACGUCAGUUGCUGAUACUUGCUCUCUACUUCGACUUUGUUGUGCUUUGAUGCUUCUUUCAAGCUAUAAUGUAUUUAAGAACGAUUUUUCAUUGGUUAUUGCGUCCAACCAUAAUUUGCCCGUUAGCAUCCAUUUGACAAAACUCAGAUUUUCAUUUUUAUUUAUUUGUGGAGAAAAUAUCACUGCUUCUCUUUCAUCGGAUUUGACAGUAAUAGAUUUACCCAAGAGCAAUAUUGUUCAAGUUUUGCGAGAUUUUAUAAGAAGUCUAAUGGAAGUGUCAAAUUCUAUGAGCACGUCUGAUACACUGUCCUCACAUGACAAGACAACUAUCAAAAAUAUUUUACUACUUUUGGCCACCAAUUUUCAUGCACAGCUCUACAAGAGCAUUGCAACGUUUGUGCUAGAUACUCUGCAUCCAACAUUGAAAAAUGCAAAACACCUUUCACACAAUGCUUCUUCAUACAGCUCCGGCUCUGGCGGACAGCAAACCGAACAAACAAAAAUACCAUCUAACAAACUGUCGAGACAGUUACUAGAUGAAAACACUCUAAAGAGACAGCUAGGAGACAGAAUUGCAAACCUUUUUGUUUCAGAACUAUUUCCUGUCGAAAAACUAGCCCAUGAUAUCUUAACUGUCACCCCACUUCCGUUUUAUACAGCAGACAAUGAUUAUGUGCUGCAAUGUGUUUUUCGAAUGCUAAAGAGUAGACUUUUCAGAAAACACUCUGUUGAUGCAUCUGAUUGGGUGUUCCAACAAGUGCGUUCGUUGUACCCAGUUAAUGAGCAAAUCACACUUCACCACUUGAUACCAAAAAUCAUUCACGAGUUAAUUCACAGCAACUGUAUACCAUAUGCCACCAUGCCUUUCGAUAUGAAAUUAUUUAACGAUGAAAUGAUCCUAGACGUCUUCGAAUCAAACACUUCAAAUCAGAUUUCAAGAGCUUUAAUUUUAUAUUACAUCUUGUCGGUGAACAAUAGUGUAAAAAAGCAUCGAUAUGGACCCACAAUAAUAGAAAAAUGUAAUGUUGUGGAAGUGGUGAAAUAUGUCAAAGAGCAUAGGAAACAAGUUGGAGUUUUCUACAGUCAAUUACUGUCCGCCGUUGAGGAGCUUCAAUAUUUAUUUCAUUUGGAAACCUUAUUGUCAGAAGGAAUAUUUAGCACUGAAGCCGUUGCGAUAGGUUCAUUAUCUGACAGCGAUAUUUCUAAUGCCAUCCAAUCACCAAUGUCAGAUCAAGCUAAAACAAAGCUGGUGCUAGAUGAAUUGAGAAUUUCCUCUCCUGAAUUAUCACAGCAGCACAUGAAUGAAAUCAUCUACAUGCUCGACAUAUCCAAUAAGGAAGGGCUUAUGCAAAAUUUCCAAGAUGUGAGAUAUUACGUUUUUCUAGCUUUUCAAGAAUGGUGGAAAUGGAUGUUCUCGAAAACAAACCCAAUGCGCCUUGCCCUUCAAACGGCCAAUGUGCUUGUGCAGAAAGAAUCUGGAGAGCUGAAAUAUUACGACAUUUAUCAAAAUAUUUUAUUGCUUUUCAGAGUGGAUCAACGUAUAUUUCAAUGUCCUCCUUUGUUGGAUAUCUUCCUGCAAAUGCUCUCCCUUUUUAUGAGCGCAUCAAGAAAAUUUAUUUUGCAAUCCACUCAUUCUGAUGCUGGUCUGAAAGAUACUUUAAUCAAAACGCAAGAGAGUUCAAUUUUGCAACUCUUACUCGAGUACUUGAAUCCACGCAUUCUCAAUAAUGGUUCGGUGGAGAGCGACAAACCUCUUCAUGAAGACGAUGGCAGUACAGACAUGAGAAUUGUUCAACGAAAAAUUUGUCAAUUCAUUCAUCAGAGAUUUAUUGAAAAUCCAACUCUCUCCAAGCUCAUUCACUUCCAAACGUAUAAUCCUGCACUACUUCCAAUAACUGUCUCAUUGAUUGACUCGAUACACAUUUGUAUGGACUUUAUUCUAGAGUUGUUGAAUCAGCCAAAAGUGAACCAGCAAAUGUUUGCAGUUCAACUUGCCUCAUAUUUGUGUGAAAAAUAUCCACUUCAAAGGUACAUUGACAUUGCUCGUGCAGCCAUCACAAAGCUUAAACAAAUUGCUCAUCAACGAUCUGCUUUAAUAUCAAGCAAUUUUUCUGCUCCUGAAGGAAGCAUUGAUUUAUUUUCAAGCAAGCAACUCGUUAAUCAACAAGAAGAUUUGAACAACGCACAGGAAAUUUUAGAAACAUUGCUUAGACUUUCAAGGGCUUUCCCUUUUCUUUGUUUAGAGUGUAUUCAGGUUGUUCAUGAAUUGAAAACAGUGUUUUCUUCAAAGCCUAAGGUGCUCUUAUUAGUCCAGCAAUAUUUUGUGAAGUUGACUACUUCCACUCAUAAUUAA